AUGGCAUCGUCCAUCGGUUCCACGGUCUCCAUGGACCGGACUUAUCUUGACACACUCAUCAGAAGAGCUAAGUUUAACGCCGACAACGAUAUUCCAUCCGCGCACCCCACCGUCACGAUUGCCCGCGUCGAGUAUGAUAUCCUUGUCAAGACCGCCCAGGAGUUUGCAAACUUGCGUCGCAACCUCAUGCGAGGUGGUGUAACGGAGGAGACCCUUGCUGUAUUGACCAGCGACGAGUCAAACUAUCAACAGGACAAUGCUGAAGGGCAGAUCACUACACCAUCCGAGGCUCCUCGGAACGAGACUCCACGCUCAGUCAGCCAGCCAUGGGUGAAAACAACCAAGGCCACGCGGGGGAAUCAAAACUCAUACCUUGGGGGAAGACUUACCAUCCAGCAACCUAAUCAGCAUGAGUGGGCUGAGGAUGAGCCCGUCCCUCACGACAGAUCUGAAGUGGCGAUUUCUCCUAUAGAGCCUGAGCCUAACCAUGAGUUCGGCCACCAGACCUAUGCCCAAUUGCCCAUGCGGCCCCAGUUUGAACGCUUGACCACCAGAACCAUCUCGAUCUCGAAUCUCGCAGAAGGCACAACUCACGCUGACGUCGUUGCUGUCAUUCGCGGCGGUCAGCUUCUAGACAUCUUCUUGAGAGGCCAUGACCGGACUGCGCAUGUCUCCUUCCUGCAUGGCAGCGACGCAACGGCCUUCCUUGAACAUGCCCGGCGCCACGAUCUAUACAUCAGACACAAACGAGUUGAUGUCCGAUGGAGCGAUCGACAGUUCACUUUACCUGGCCAUGUUGCGAGUAAGCUCGGAAUUGGUGCUACUCGUAAUCUCAUUAUUCGACGAUGUGACCCGAGGCUCACCGAAGAGGAAAUUCGCGAUGAUAUGGAGCACAUCCACAACUUGGUUGUCAUCGCUGUCAAUUUCCGAGGCGGAAGCUGCUACAUCAACACGAAUUCAGUGCACAAUGCUUUAUUUGCACGGACAUGCAUGAUGAGCCGACUCAAAUACAAGGGAUCGAAAAUCGAGUGGAACGUAGAUGAGUGUGCGCAGCCCUUGCCCGUCGAGACUCAUCGAACCCAGCCCCAGGCACCCUCGUCCAGACGCCCAAUGAAUCCUAUGGUCAACCGUUUCGAGCUUUUGAAGUUGGAUAAGAACGAGGAUGAUGAAGAAAACAUUCCGCCAGAGUUCAACGCUCGAGACUCGCUGAAUGUUGCGGUUUGA